AUCUGGGUGAUCGCUGCUGUGUGUGGUGUUCGGGACUUUGCCCAAAGCCGGGUACUGGCACUUUGAGCCGCCUGAUCGUUUCGAUGUCUGUGGCGGUGAUGAGAAGGGAUUGUGCCGGAUCGUACCGGGAGCUUUCAGAUGUUGGAACAGAGGACAACACUUGCAAUUCUGACCUCAGGAAUGAAACUGAUACUGACCAAGAUGAUUUGAAUAGAACAGCAAUACGAGACGAUGAAGCUGGCUCCACAAGUCUUUCCUCCAUCUUUGGUAAAGCCUGUCUGAAGAACACCUUUUCUGUGAUUCUUAUCCUUAUCUACCUGCUCUUGAUGUCUGUGGCAGUAUUCCUGGCCUAUCAGACCAUCACAGAUUUCAGGGAGAAGCUGAAACAUCCUGUUAUGUCAGUGUCCUUUCAGGAAGUUCUGAAAUAUGAUGCUCCUGGAAUAGCACUGUAUCCUGGUGAGGCUGAACUCUUGAGCUGUAAGCACCAUUAUCAUGAUCAUGUUGAAUUUAUGGCAAAUCCAGGUCAACGAGGAGAAAUAGCCUGCACUAAGGAAUAUGUCAGUUACGCAGACCCAUACAGAAACAACACACUGAAGUCAGCCCUGAUUAUCAGUGGACCUCAAGAUGUGAGAAAGAAGGAGCUCGUGUUCCUGCAGUUCCACUUAAAUGAAACCAAAGAACAUUUUAGUGCAAUCGACUAUCUCUUAUUUUCAUCAUUCAAAGAGUUUCAGGAGAGUUCUGAUAAAGCACAAUUCAUGCAGGACUGUGAACGUUCCUAUUCCAUGUGGACAUUUUCUGGAGGGUUUCGAACUUGGGUCAAAAUGUCUCUGGUGAAAACGACGGAGGAAGAUGGAAGUGAGUCGGUGGAAUUCAGACAAGAGUCUACUCUAGUGCGAUAUAAUGACCACCGGCCUGUUUCUGAACAAACUGACCAAUUGUUCUUUGCUGUAUUUGAGUGGAAGGAUCCUUUCAUUCAGGAAGUCCGUGAUAUAAUCACAGCCAAUCCAUGGAACACAAUCGCUAUCCUCUGUGGUGUCUUCUUGGCUUUGUUCAAGGCAGCAGAAUUUGCAAAGUUGAGUGUGAAGUGGAUGAUCAAAAUUAGAAAGAGGCACCAAAAGCGCAAGGCCCAGGAAUUGAACCAAAUUACUUAAACCAAGAUCUUUGAGGGGCUGCAGUUCUGAUCUUCAAAUUCACUCCUUGUCAACAGGGUAUGGAACUAUGUGUUCGAGGUUAUCGAAGACUACGCCAUUCUUAUUUCACUUGUGAUAGUUAUAAACCUUUGAAAAGACACAUUAUAUGGCCAUGGCUGUCAGUAGUAACAAGAAACGUUACAGCUGGAUUAGAAUCAUUAGAAACUUCAGUCUCGAGCAGUUUGAUUACCUUUAUUCUCAGUUUGUUUACUGAGAUAUUAGAAAGACUUAAAAGAAAGCUGUUUAACAAGAUAAUACUAUCUCUGACAGCAGAGUUACUUUCUAAUUCUGUCAGUGGCUCACUGUGGCUGAUAUUGUCAUGUAAGGCGUACAUUCCACAUGUUCUUGGUGAUUCACAGAAGAGGUUUACAAUUCAGUUCAGUAUGUGGUAUUUAUACAACUGUUGUCCUAUUUAUUGUUGCUUGAUCAGUGGUUGAUUUCAGUAUUGUGGUUGUUUAUGACACGCAGCCUGAGGGCAGUGUGAAGCACCUGGAAGCAUAAUGGCCCUGGUAACGGUGUUUUUGUUUUUCAAAAUGUGUUCAAUUACUAACUUAAUGUUUUCAGUGCCGCUGUGCUCCCUGUACUUGUGGUACUGCUGUUUGUAGAAAAUAGAUUUUUAAAUUAUCUUCAAUUACGUUUUGUGUUGUGCUGUAAAUUGGGUUGAAUCCAAAUCACUGCCACCUUUAACUAAAUAGAGUAUUUAACCAUCACUUCAGUGAGCCAUUUGCUCAUUGUUAUCAAAUAAGUUGAUAACAAAAAUAUCAUGGCUAGGUCUACUUGAGGAAUCGGUAUGGCUGCUUUAAGUGAUUGCUAAAAAGGGUGGUAUGCUCUUUGGUGAAAGGUGUAAUAUGGCGUUUCUACUGUAAGUGGCACUAGAACAGUUGAACUCUGUUAAUGUUACAUCCAAGACCAAAAGGGAGAUUCCACCUGUAAUAGGUUCAAUCUUAUAUAGUUUAUAUUAUGUGAGAUUUGUAUUUGUAUUCUUCAUGGCCACAUAUAGUACUUCAUGCAGGUUUUGUUAUGGAUACUUAAUGAAUACCAUAUUAUAAAAUUAUUCACUUAUUUCUUAUUUUCAAGCAUAUUCUGCAUUUUGGAAAUGGCACCCUGAAUUUUAAAUGUGCUUUAAUGGAAUAUAUUUUAGCUUGGAUACCAGAGAGUGCUGUGAGUAGUACAGAGGGCUUGUAAUUAUCUGUAAUGCAUUGGUCAAUAUUGAACUUGAAAGUAUGGCAGUUAGUGUUCAUUGCUGUACAGAUACAGAAAAGUUUUAGUUAUUAACUUGAAUUUUGAUAAAAUAAUUUAUUAUGUGGAUUGUUUCUCUGUGUGAGGUAUGUCUUUAUGAAAGAUGUGCUGCCAAAUCGAAACUUGUCAUGUAAGUUAGAGAUGCACUUCAGUCAUAAGUAUAGGCAGAUGGUCAAAAUUACCAAGGUAAAUGGCUGUAAUAAUAAUCUAUAGAGUCUAUAAACACUGUAGAGAAGAUGUAAGGAAGUAUAUCAUGACAUUAUUUGAAGGGCCAACCUCGAAUGUCAUUGGCAAAGACCUGGGAACCGGUCUUCGAACCUCUUACCUAGGAAUAGUGCAUGGCUCUGGAACUGCAGGUGAAAAGAUUAACUUGCAUUGAAUGGUCAGCCUGCUGCUGCAUGGAGGCAGGGAGGGAAGGUGUCUAAGUCUGCUUGGAAUGGUGUCCCCACUCCACCAAGUACUCCCAAGUGAUUGCUACUAGGCAAGGCAGAAACCACUGCAACCAUCUCUGAAAACAUGGGACCAACUGGAAAAUCACAGGAGUCAAACAGUUACGCUGCUAUUUAUUCUUUUCCUAACUCCCAACCUACCUUCUGGAAACUAGGAGUAGAAUAGAGCAAGGAACUGGCACCUCCAGCUGCUGAUAUGAACUUACAACUCCCAUCUCCCUGCAUUUCCAGUCAUGGAAGUGACUUCAAAUCCUUCACUGUUUGUCUCAGUCUUGGCUCAGGAAAUUUGCAGUUUUCUGAACAAGAUUCCACAAUUGCCCUGUAUGGGUUGCUAGUUGAAGAGAAUUCUAAUUGUUGCUACUUGCAGUUCAAGACCCCACAGUAAGUCAAGGGGCAAAUGUAAAUGCGAUUACUUCCUACCUUUGUUUGCUGCUGACCACAAAGUGCUUAAGGCAAUAAGUCGUGAAGUAAAUGAGAAAGCAACCAGUAUUUUUCAGUAUUCAACAUUUUCUUCUCAUUUGAAAUUUUGUUUUGCCAAGAAUGUGAUUGUGACAUUGAACCUUAACUUCUUAAAAUAGAUUGUUGUUCUUCUGUAGUUUUUUAUAAAUAAGGACCUUGAAAAUCCACAGGUCUGUGACCCCAGCAUACACUCUCAGAACCUCCAUCGAAGACCACAUCAGACCUUCUUGGAUGGGGUGAGGAUUUCACACUUUAAACAAUCCUUGUAGGCAGGCUUAGUAACUUUUGGUUAUCUCUGACACCUACUCUUGUAUAAGGGUGUAAGAGUCUGAAAGAAUUAAUACUGAGGAGUGCCUUAAACACCAUCUACUAUGAUAAUUCAUUCUGACUUGGUGUGACAACUGUUUCCAGCAAUCAUUGUAACAGCGCUGUGACAAUGUCUGUGACAAUAGCAGUGUACCGUGCAAUUAUUUGUUAUCCUGUAAAAAAACUACACCACAUUUAACACAAGCGCCUUUUCUCAUUAUACUAGUAAAUGGUUUUGCAUUUAUCACACCAGACCCAAUGAACUCAAUGGAUCCCUAUCCUAACAGAGGAUGGUGGCAACAGCAAGCCUACCCCAAGGUGAGUGAUAGCACAGGCGACCUCACGCAGCAUAAGGGUCAACUUUAAGAAUUAUACCUAUAACACCUGCCAGUUUGAAAAAAAACUUUGGAAUGCAAGGUGACUUCCUAAAUGGAUAGGAGGUAGAAUAAGGCCAGUGUUAAGACUAGUUACCAUCUUUGCUCCAUCAUCCUAAAGCCAUACAUACCUAUUCAUUGGGACUUGAUCAGUCCAUUUUACAAUGGAGCAAGAAAUAUCUCGGUCCAUUUUUCCAAGAAUGCGGGGAGAACUCAAACCAGGAUCUUCAGUGGCUACACUUGUGCUGCUGGAACUGCCAGUACACACCUUCUUCCAUCGAGGCAUGAAACCUCACAAUCUUUAAGAAGUACUUAGAUGAGCACUUGAAAUGUCCCAAUACUAACGAUGAUAAGCCCCCAAGUUUUCUAUCUAUACAUUUGAUCCUUCCUUUUCAUGAUAUGUGUAUUGAAUGCACAGAACACCAUAAUAAUUUAAGUCUGGUAAACAUUCAACAAUUAUUCAUUCAUUGAAAUGAAACAAGAUACCAGAUCCCCUCUAAGUCAAACAUCUCAUGAUUCAGAAAUAUAUUGCUGUUCCCAAAUCAUUAUUGGGUCAAAAUCCUAUAACUUUGCACUUAGCAGCAGGUUGUAGGAGUAUCUUCAGCACCUAACUGCAGCAUUUCAAAAAGGUGGCCACCUUUUCAAGGGCAAUUAAGGAUAGUCCGUGAACACUGGCAUUGCCAGCAAUGACCACGUCCCAUGAAUCAAUUUUUAAAAUGCAAUUUUUGGUAAAAGGAAUCCUGGUAAAAUGCAGAAAUUUGGAGCUGAAUGCAUCAAUGUGGGAUGAUGAAGACAAAACUGUUUUUAUGAAGCUAGAAAUAUUUCUUCCACAAUGCCUAGCUAAAAAAUACAUCUUUAGGACUGUCUGUUAUUGUGAAAAGGUGUCCUGUAGAUUGCGGCUGGGUUGUCUCAAUAUAAUCCAAACAGAGAUAGCAUCAGAUUUAUUGCAUCAUUGGUUAACUUGUUGUGACACUGGUUGGUCUUUAUGUUGAAUGUGUCCAAUUUAAAUCUUCCCUUUCAGAUCACUGGAUUAAAUUCGAAAUAAAGUUGAUG